GCUUUACAAGCAAAACCGUUGGACGUGUUCUUAGGAUGUCCACCGCCAGAAAGAUUGAAUCGUAGUCAGCCGUUUGAACAUAUUGGUGUUGAUUUGUUCGAACUGAAAACGGAACCGAAAGCUAUUGGUAUGAUAUUUACAUGUGCUACUACGAGAUCGGUACAUUUUGAAUUAUUGGAAGAUGCUACCGCACAAAGUAUUUGUAAUGCCUUUAUGGUUUUCUCUGAUCUAAAUCGAAUACCGAUGACUAUAUUUUCUGAUAAUGGUCCAAAUCUAAAGAAAUUUAGUCAAUUAUUGAAAAGUGCAUUGCACAAAUUGAAUUACGAAUUUAAAUGGCAUUUCAAUACGCCUGCAUCUCCAUUUCGUGGAGGUUUUUUCGAAUCAUUGAUCAAGACCAUGAAGAAAGGUUUUUAUUGUAUCAAUUGGCAACGGAAAUUGGAUCGAAAUGACAUUAGACGUGCAUUAUAUCGAAUACAAGCGAUCAUGAAUGGACGUCCGUUAAUUCAUGAUAAAGAUACGAUAUUGACACCAAAUCAUCUACGAUUUGGUUAUAAUCCAAAGGGGCCGUUGGUGCCACCGAAACGUGGUUUACCCGUGGAGCCACUGUUGUCAUACUGGCGAGGAACACAAAAGCAUAUCAACGCCGCUUGGCGUAUCUAUCGGGAUAUCUAUCUAAAGGGACUGCGGUCAUUCUAUCGGAACGGCCACACAUAUCAACAUAUGGCAGUCGGAGAUAAAGUGUUAAUGAUUGAUGAUCAUCUUCCCGUUAGUUUAUGGAAAAUCGCUACGGUCACGAAUACAAUACCAGAUAAACGAGGAAUCGUGAGAACGUAUGAGGUCGAAUUGGACAAACGAAAAUAUCGACGUCCUGCACAACGGCUUGCGCCAUUGGAGGGGGCAGGAAUGGACAAAAAUUUUUGACCAUGAAUGGGUUUCAUACAUUAACUUGGUCAAGGUCGUAUUUAAGACAAACUGCGCACAUAUAAAAGGGCCAGUAACAUCAUUUUUAAAAUUGUGAUCAUUAUGAUUG